UAAAAUCUAAAAAUGAUAACACUGUAAUCGAGCAUAGAUGAUUGCAAAUUUGCACAGUGCAUUCAAAGGAAAAGCGCUGACAAAAUGGCAGUGCGAUUGCAACGAAACUACAGUAGAUUCUCGAAACUUUUGCGAAAUUAAUACGGCAAGGACUUCACGAGACGAGCAAGAUAGGAGGCAACAAACAUUUAUUAUGCUUCUACGAAGAACAAGUUGAUCAAUGGUUUAUCAUACAGUCCACUCCGACUCGUCUGGUUCUGAAGCUUACUAGCUGCUCAUAGCUUUGACGCGAAUUUAUUCUCACGAUAUAACAAAAAGGAGCAGGUCUGGUUAAAAUUAACCGUUUUCGAGGCGAAGCGCGCCACAAAAAUGCCGUAAACCCCGCGAAAUUACUCCUGAAGCAUGAAAGCACGGCAAAUUAUAGUAAAUAUUAGAUUAUGUGGUCAUACAGCCCUUAGAAAAUUGUAAAAUCAUAAGUGUUAACUGUCAGAUGUGUAAACGUUCUACAACAAAGCAAAAACUAGAGAGUCUGUUUACUGUUUAAGACUGCAGCUGAUUUUACAAAAAGCAAAUUUUAUUUUUUAAUUUAAACUUGUAAAGGUUUAUACCUUCAUGGCUUUAUUUUUUGCUAAUAUGUGGGACUCGACUAUGUUCUUAAGCACAUUAACUCCCAAGUUUUAUGUUGCUCUUACUGGAACAUCCUCCCUCAUCUCAGGGUUAAUUUUGAUCUUUGAAUGGUGGUAUUUUAGAAAAUAUGGUACAUCUUUCAUUGAACAAGUAUCUCUGAAUCAUAUUUCUCCAUGGAUUGGUGGAGGAGAUAAUACAUCAGACAAUAACAAUACCAAUGCUAAUGGAAAUGGUACAACUAGCACAUCAUCUGUACCGGAAUGCAAAGUUUGGCGGAAUCCAAUCAACUUAUUUAGAGGGGCAGAAUAUCAACGAUUUUAUUGGGCUACUAACAAAGAACCACUGACUUACUAUGAUAUGAAUUUAUCUGCUCAAGACCACCAAACAUUUUUUACUUGUGAAGGAGAUAAUGGUAAAGCAGACUAUGAAAUUAUGCAAACAGCUUGGCGUGAGCGUAAUCCCAUAGUAAGAAUCAAAGCAGCUCGCUCAGCUCUUGAUCUGAACCCAAACUGUGCACCAGCCUAUAUUUUAUUAGCAGAAGAAGAAGCUGUAACCAUUGAAGAGGCAGAAAGAAUAUUAAAACAAGCCUUAAGAAUAGCAGAAGCUAACUACAAGGCAUCACAAAAUACUCAACAUCAAGGAUCUGCAGCGGAAGCUAUCCAUAGAAGAGAUACUAAUGUUUUAAUCUACAUAAAAAGGAGAUUAGCUAUGAGUGCUAGGAAGUUAGGUAAGCUUAAAGAAGCAGUGAAAAUGUUUAGGGAUUUGACAAAAGAAGUACCCCCAAUUAUGAAUGUUCUCAAUAUUCAUGAGAAUUUAAUAGAGGCUCUGCUAGAAAUGCAAGCAUAUGCAGAUGUUCAAGCAGUUUUAGCCAAGUAUGAUGAUAUUAGCUUACCAAAAUCAGCAACAAUUUGUUACACAGCAGCUCUGUUGAAGGCAAGAACAGUUGCUGAAAAAUUUUCUCCAGAUGUAGCUAGUAAAAGAGGCUUAACGCCAGCAGAGAUAUCAGCUGUUGAAGCUAUACAUAGGGCAGUAGAAUUUAAUCCACAUGUACCUAAAUAUCUACUAGAAAUGAAGCCUUUAAUAUUACCCCCAGAACAUGUGUUAAAACGAGGGGACUCUGAAGCAAUUGCUUAUGCUUUCUUCCACCUACCACAUUGGAAAAAUGUGGAAGGUGCAUUGAAUUUAUUGCAUUGCACUUGGGAGGGAACUUUUCGCAUGCUACCAUAUCCUCUGGAACGAGGUCAUUUAUUUUAUCCAUAUCCUACAUGCACAGAGUGUGCAGAUAGAGAACUCUUACCUGCAUUUCAUGAUGUAAGUGUAUAUCCAAAAAAAGAACUUCCCUUUUUCAUUCUUUUUACAGCUGGGCUUUGCUCAUGUACUGCAUUAGUUGCAUUACUAACACAUCAAUAUCCAGAAACUAUGGGUGUUGUAGCUAAAUCUCUUUUAACUUGGAUGUCAUAUCCCUUUCACUUUAUUUUAGAUAAAAUGGAAGUUCUUUUACCAACAAAUUUUAUGUCUCAACUAUCAAGAGUUUAAAGGAAUUGUAAUAGCUUUUUCUAGACUGAAGUGAGCCCGGUGAAAAUUUUCUGCUCGUCAGAAUGCUUUUGUGUAUAAUUAGUUGAUUACAUAUUAAAUCAAUGGAAAAUUUAUAAUAUUAAGGUCAUUUGUAAAAUAAGAGCAUAGAAUUUCGUCAUUAACUUUUUCUUUCUGCUCCAUGACUAUUUUGGGUGCUUCCACUAACAAAUAGAGGCAAUUUUAUUUUGAUCACAAGCCUAAAAGUUGACACUUUUAGUUGGAGCACACCAUUCAUUUUCUAUGUAACUAAGAAUUUGUACAAAUGAAAUUUUAAGAUUUUAAAUUAUUUAUAAUUUUGACGCUUAGGAUGUGAUUUCAUAAAAUUUUAAGUAAAUCAAAAAAUGAAUUAGAUCUAUUUUUAUAAAUUAUACAUCUUGAUACUAAGGUUCGUCGAGAAAAAUCUUCUAUUUAUAAUUUCUUGUAUACAGCAUUCAUGU